UUGCAGCUUCCUUGUUACAUUAGUUUCUCUGGUAUUGCACAUGGACAUGGCCAUUGCUUUAAUUACCCUACUGCUAUAAUAGUUUGCACGUGGACAUGGUUUCUCAACAUGACGACAAUUAAGAUCUUCCAUGUUCUAUUAAUUUUAAAAAUGAGAGUUAUAGGGAAUUUUUCAAUAUUUUUUACACAUCAAAUUGGGCCUGAAAAUUUCUAGUUUUCACUGAGAAAUACACAAAUACACAUCUUCUUCCAGAUAUCUCCAAAUACUGAAUGAUCCAAAAACAUGGCCAUGGACUGGGUUGAUUGUGUCAAUCAGACAUUGUCUCUGUGUUGAUCUAGACCGGAAUCCAGUUUAAUGGUAGUUUAUCUAUAAUACAAGACGGAGCCAAAAAAGAAUUACAAGAGACGAAUUUCUCAGCCCACGAGUGGAUGGAAAAAUGGUUUAUCACUCCAGCUUUGUUGUUGAUGAAGGGAUUGCCAAAGCUUGUGGAUGCCCUCUUCUUCCUCUAAAAAGUCAUAUAAAGGGACCUGCUCCAGCAUCAGAUACCACUGACAUUGUUGAUGAAGCAAUAUCAUUUUUCAGAGCUAAUGUCUUCUUCAAAAACUUUGACAUCAAAAGUUCAGCUGAUAAGCUUCUUAUCUAUUUGACAUUAUACAUAAAUGUGGCUUUAAAGAAGCUAGAGGGCUGCAGAACUUUGGCUGAAGGAACGAAGGCAAUUAUUAACCUGGGUUUGGAAAAGGUUCCUGUGCCUGGAGAGUCUGGCUUUCCCUUUCCAGGGUUAUUUACACUACCACAAUCUCAAAAAGAGGCGGAGCUGUUCAGAAAUUAUCUGAGGCAAAUUCGCGAGGAAACAAGUGGAAGACUAUUGAGUGUUGCAUACAGGCACAACGGGACUCCUAAUAAAUGGUGGUUGGCAUUUGCAAAGAGAAAGUUCAUGAAUAUUAGUAAUCCAUAAGGAAGUGGCCCCAGUAUUCUGAUGUUCCCGAGUGCAGCUCAAUUGUCUGCAUCCCCUGCCCAUGUCCUGUAAGCAUAGGACAACAACUUUGCAUAGAAAGACAAUGCAGAAUCUUUGUGUUUAUGUUAUUAUUUUUCAAUUUUGACAUUUCUGUCAGUACUGUUGAAUGAAUAUCACCAAAAAAAACAAACAAAGUAUGUUUUUCUUCUAGCUAGCUCCUUUUUUCCCAGCUUGGUGAUCUGUUUCAGUUUCAGCUUUUUUUUUUUUCUUUUUUUUUCUGUUGUUUAUUAAAUGUGGGAUUCUUCUGUAACUAGAUAUGGUUAAAGAGUUUACGUACUGCAGAACAAAGCUCAUCAAAAAUUUGCAAGUUUCUUGGCUUUGUACGACAA